CCGAAGUGUUGGCAACCCUGUUUAGCAAAUUGUAAAUUCUGGAAAACGGAACUUGAUUGAAAUCUGACGUGUAUUAUUUUGUUGAAGUGUUUAACAAACUUAAAUGUGUACUCGCAUUUUCACAAUUACCAGUAAUAAAUAAGAAGCCACAAAACAAGAUGGUUUAUGUAAAUAACGGUGUGGUGGUUGAUAGCCCUCCUUGGAAUAUAAACAGAAUAUUCAAAGUAUUGAAUGGGGUGGUAACAUUCUUCGUAUUAUUCUUCAAAACUAUGGUAGGACUUGACACAGGUAGUUCUGGUAGCAGUUCAAAGAGUUCUGGAGGAGGAAGAGGUACAGGAAGCAGCUGGGGUGGCGGCGGAGGUGGUGGUGGUGGUGGAGGCGGCAGGCCUGGAGGUGGCGGUGGCGGCAGCGGACCACGGUUCAGAUCAAUGCGCGACAUCAACCAACCAACGAUUGGAGGAUGUCCUGGAGGUUCUUGCGGAAUGUAGUCAAUAUUUAUCAGCAAAAUUUUUUACAUUAGUUAAAGUUGGGCGUUUCACCUUGUGUAUUUCGUAGUCCCAUUGUUCAUAUUAUUUUCAAGUCAGUUACAGUUUGAUUGGCGAGAGCAUUCCAAAUAAUAUUACUAAUAAUAUGGGCAGUGGCGGCCACAAGAUUAUCAUAUAUAUAUAUAUUCGAAUUAACUAUAUUAUAUAGUAUGAAAGCUUGGUUCAUAGAAAAAUAGACGGUUUUCCAGAAGAA